UCCGUGGGGAAGCAACUGCAAGCGCCUCGCUCUCGUGAGAUUAUCGGUGCCCAACGUGAUCAUGACGUCAGGGCCAUUCGGACGCUCAUCUAACCGCGCAUGCGUGGUUCGGAGACGGACUCUGCGGACCUUCUCCUCUCCCACGAGCCUCCGGUGUCGGUCUCCGUGUCUCCGGGAGAAAUGAUGAGACUGUUGGUGAAGCAGCAAGUCCACGCGGCUUUUGGAGACACGUUGGGGCUGAUUGACAGAUUAAUCACAGAUUAUGAGGAGGACGUUUCUCGUUUUAGAGAACAUGAGCGACACAGAUCAGGAGAAAUGCUGAGACUGUUGGUGAAGCAGAGACUCCAGGCGGCUUCUGAACACACUCUGGGGCUGAUUGACAGAUUCACAGCAGAUUAUGAGGAGGAAGUUUCUCGUUUGAGGGAAAAUGAGCGACGACAUAAACUCCUGGAGGCCGUGUUCAACCCUCGAGUUCAGCUGCACAGAUCAGAUGUCCAGCAGCUGGUUUGGAUUAAACCAAAUGUCCCCCCUGAGGACCAGGACCAAGAGGAGCUGGAGCCCCUUCAAAUAAAAGAGGACCCGGAGCCCCUCCUCAUAAAAGAGGAGCCGGAGCCCCUCCUCAUAAAAGAGGACCCAGAGCCCCUCCUGAUAAAAGAGGAGCCGGAGCCCCUCCUCAUAAAAGAGGAGCCGGAGCCCCUCCUCAUAAAAGAGGAGCUGCAGGAUCUCUGGACCCGUCUAGAGGGAGAUCAGCUCAUUGUGCUGGAGGAGGCCGAUAUCACCAAGUUCUUAUCCACUGCUGUUACUGUGAAGAGUGAAGAUGACGAACCUCAGACCUCACGGCUUCAUCAAAGCCAGACGGAGGACAACAAAGAGGCGGAGCCUCCCGCCUGCAGCUCAGCUACGACAAUACAGACGGAAACUGAUGGAGAGGACUGUGGGGGAUCAGGACCAGACAGGAACCUAAAUCCACAUCGUCAUUCACAUCCAAAUGCUGAUGAUGAAGAGGCUUCAGACUCUUCUGAGACUGAGGUCAGUUGUGGUGAUUGGCAAGAAGCUUUGUCAGAUUCUGGACCUGACAGUGAAGACGGGGACAAUGUCUGGAAGGAGCCCAGGGCACCUGAGUCUGCUGCACAUGCCCUGAAAUAUAAGGAAGCUCUUGUAAGUCAUGUGGGAUGUAACACUGGCAACAAAUCCAAUGAAUCACGAUCAAAAGAGCUCAUGAGAGAGAAAUCAUUAAGGUGUGAUGAUUGUGGGAAAAGAUUUACACAACUGGGACAUCUGAAGACACACAUGACAAUCCACACAGGAGAGAAACCAUUCAGUUGUGAUGAUUGUGGGAAAAGAUUUAGACAACCGAGAAAUCUGAAGCAACACAUGAGAGUCCACACAGGAGAGAAACCAUUCAGUUGUGAUGAUUGUGGGAAAAGAUUUACACAACCGGGACAUCUGAAGAGACACAUGAGAGUCCACACAGGAGAGAAACCAUUCAGUUGUGAUGAUUGUGGGAAAAGAUUUACAGAACAGGGCCAUCUGAAGAAUCACAUGAGAAUCCACACAGGAGAGAAACCAUUCAGUUGUGAUGUUUGUGGGAUAAGAUUUACAGAACAGGGACAUCUGAAGACGCACAUGAGAGUCCACACAGGAGAGAAACCAUUCAGUUGUGAUUUUUGUGGGGAAAGUUUUGCAAAAAAAGUAACUCUGACCAAACACAAGAGAGUCCACACAGGAUAGAAUGUGUUUCGUACGUCUCUUUCGCUCCCCCUCUCUCUCUCUCUCCCCAUCCCCAGGAUCCAUGCAGGUGACGCCCGUGACUCUGCCUGCAGAUGAACCUACACCUGAGGACAUUUGGCUGAGAGCUGCCAGCCAGACGACCCAGUGGGCCUCAUAGAAGAGUUCAAGCUGUGUGCCGGUGCUGUUACGUGUGGUCCACAGGGUGCUGUUGUCCUACGGUUCAUAUCAUUGUAAAUAUUGCUACUGCCAUAUCGAUCGAUACUGUGAGUAUUUCCACUGGUCUCUGCAGCAACGAUUCCGGUUUCUUUGAAACGGAUAUUUUAUUUCUUAUAUUGAAGCACUCUAUGAUUAAGGUGUUUUUACGCAGCAGACCGCAUAAUGGGAGCGGCUAACUUGUGAUGGAGUCCCUAUGCAGUGGCGCACUCUGCAAUAUAAUCUCUGUGUGAUCUGAAUCUCAAACUUUCAAAGAUCAGAGCCACAACAUGUGUUGUGUUUAACCUCUUCCACUCCACCCCCAUUUUCGAGCAAAAACGCCUAAAAUGAUCUGACGAAAUUAAAAUGGCUGUAGUUUCUGAACCCCUCUGAAUAAAUGUAUCAAUGAAG